UUCGUGUGGUUUCUCACUUCCUGUUAGCUCGAGGAAGGUAGCGGACGAGCGGUCGAAGAAAUUACUGAUGUAUAUAUGAAAAAAUCCUCGCAAAAUUCGUCAGGAACGUGAUAUUCUUGAGCCUAUCAGGUCCACAUUUAGGAGACAAUGAUCCGCUUCAUCCUCAUCCAGAACCGAGCAGGAAAGACACGACUGGCCAAAUGGUACAUGCAGUUUGAUGAUGAUGAGAAACAGAAGUUGAUCGAGGAAGUGCAUGCUGUGGUAACUGUCAGAGAUGCCAAGCACACCAACUUUGUGGAGUUCAGGAACUUCAAGAUCAUUUACCGGCGCUAUGCUGGUCUAUACUUCUGUAUUUGUGUGGACGUGACUGAUAACAACUUGGCAUACCUCGAGGGGAUCCACAACUUUGUAGAGGUGCUGAACGAGUAUUUCCACAAUGUGUGUGAAUUGGACCUUGUGUUCAACUUCUACAAGGUGUACACGGUGGUGGAUGAGAUGUUCCUGGCUGGAGAGAUCAGGGAGACCAGUCAGACCAAGGUCCUGAAGCAGCUCCUCAUGCUCCAGUCGCUGGAGUAGAAAACAGACCACCUGCCCAUGAACCUGCUGCCCCGAUACCCAACCUCACCUACUCCUCGUUCCCGUCACUCUGGAAAUCAUUUUCCCCGCCUCUACGGAGCAGACUUCGCUCUUGCCGAAACUUCAGGAGGAGGUGAUUUUAGAAAUAGAAAUGCACAAUAUUGUGUACAUAUGGAUAUAUGAUGGGGAGCUUCAGUUAACCUGUUUGUCAAAGCAGUCUAUAUGUUGCAAUGUUCUGUAUUUGUUCUACUUCUGAAUUCUCCCAGUAUUGAAAGGCUGUACAUUUCAAAGUGUUGACAUUUCAUAUACUGCCUAAGUUACAAUCAACAUGAUAUUCAGUUUACUUUUCCAAAGCCUUCAGAAAUGAGUUAUUUCAUAAAGUAAUCAAUUAGUCUGCAUUUCUCUGUGUGGAAACACUGAUGUAAAUCCAGCAGUGUGACACUGCUCUCUCUCUCUCUCUCUCUCUCUCCUCCCCACCUCCUGCCCUCCUGUCAAAUUACAUUUAAUGGCACUACUGUCACUAACAAGCACCACGUAUGAAGAGUGACUGCCUGCAACAGCCACUUCUAUAAAUCCAUGUAAAGAAAGACCGUUUGCUCAUUUUGUGUCUGGAUCACAGUACACGUAAACUAUAACUAGAAAGCCCUUUAGAGCAAUUGACCCAUCCCGGCAGGUUCAUAAUUGAAUCGAGUGUACUUAGGAUGAGUGCCAUUCUGACGGUUUGUUAUGGCAACCUGUGGCAACAUUCUCAUGGCUGAUGAUACACAGUGGAGGUUACGGAGGCUCAGACGGCUGCGCUCUGGGUGUUGUAAUUGUUUUCAUUGCAUUUCUAAUGAUCCAGAUGAUUUGAACACAUUACAUUAAAUGGUGCUUGUUGGUCACACAACAGAAAGUAUAUUUUACAGUCUGCGUCGUAUGGUGUGUGUGUACAUACAGUGUAUCUUGCGUAUGUUGAAUAUUGUGAAAGUGACACAUGCAUUCCAGAAGGAGUGGUUCUUGCUCACUGUGUGUGAGGAGCAUUUACUUGUGUAAGAUCCAUAAACUUUUUUUUUUUUUUUUUUGCCAUUGCAUAAAAUAAAUUGGCUUUUAAAUUCCUCCGAUAAGCCUCAUGAACUUCGCUGGACUUUAAUGUUUAUAAAACGACAUGACAUACUCUAGGUUAACCAUAUCCUGUCACAAAGGUGGUUUCAAAUGUUACUGUUGUUGAACUUUUGUAUUUUUCUUUUUUAAAUGAUUAGGCAAUUGUGAAAUAUGUACUGCUUCCCUUUUUGUCCACCUGUGUGAGUUUGUCAAUGGAAGAUGUUUGUUUGUGUUGCUGUCUCCAAUUUAACUACCCACAUCAAUACGUCCCAUUAUAUGUAAAUAAUCUAAUAAACAUAUGAAGUGAUACAUGAAUA